GUGGAUUGAGGAAGGCUAGCUUAGUAUUUUCCUCCUCGUCGCGAGAGAGAGAGAGAGAGAGAGAGAGAGAGAGCGCGCGAGCUCCAGGGAUAUGGCGCUCACAUUGGCGCCUGGCGGGAGGGCGCGGCCAUCGAAUUUAGAUCCGCUGCUCAGGUAGGAGCGAAGAAUCCGCUGGGGUUUUUCUAGCUUUUAGUGCUGCCGAUCGAUAUUUCCGGGCUUCCGGGAGAAAUGCGGGCGCUGUGAAGCUGGGAGCGUGAUUCGUGCCCAGUAAGGCGGGAUUUCGCGGCCGGUGGCAAGGCGGAUCGAUGGGAUUGCUCACGGGGUUGCUUUUCGGGGUAAUAGUCGGGAUAGGAUUGGUAGCAGGAUGGUGCUUUGCAAUGCGCUGCCGGAGCAAGCAACGUAUCGCCAAGGCUGCGAAUAUCAAGCUACUAGGGAAAAUGUCUCAAGACGAAGUGAAGAAACUUCUAUACGAUGCCUUCCCCCCGUGGGUGAUCUUUCCAGAGUUUGAGCGCGUGAAAUGGAUGAACAAGCAACUCGAGAAAGUCUGGCCUUACGUUGCAGGAGCCGCACAAGAGAUCAUCCGGGAGUCCGUGGAGCCGGUUCUGGAGCAAUACCGGCCGAUUGGCAUUUCUUCUUUGAAAUUUGACAAGCUCUCCCUCGGACGCCUGCCACCGCAAAUCGAAGGCAUAAGGAUCCAGACGCUAAAACCGGGUCAAAUCACGAUGGACAUGGACUUUCGUUGGAAUGGCGAUGCAAGUAUCAUUCUGGGGAUUCAGACACUCGUCGGAGCCAGCUUACCUGUACAGUUAAAAAACCUCAAAUUUUUUGCGACUAUUAGAGUGAUUUUCCAGCUUUCGGAAAAUAUACCUUGUAUUUCAGCCGUCGUUGUGGCACUGCUAGCCAAGCCGAAACCAGAAGUUAAGUACACUCUGAAGGUGAUUGGUGGAAGCUUGACAGGAGUUCCUGGCCUCGCAGACAUGAUAAAGGAUUUGGUCGAGGAUGCUAUUACGGAUCAGUUAGAGUGGCCUCACAGGAGAGUGAUACCCAUUGGAGGACUUCCUGUUGACAUAAGCGACCUCGAGCUGAAACUUCAAGGCCGGCUUACAGUUGGAGUGAUAAAGGCCAAUUCCUUGAAAAACAUGGAAAUGUUUGGAAGGUCUGAUCCGUAUGUGGUUGCGUACGUGCGGCCCCUCUUCAAGUUCAAAACCAAGGUUGUCAAUAAUAACCUGAAUCCCGAGUGGAAUGAAGAGUUCAACUUCGAUAUCGAAGACCAUGAGACCCAGCUCCUCACCUUACAGGUUUAUGACGAAGACGUUGGUCAAAAGGAUGCUCUGCUGGGAAUAGUUUCCUAUCGCGUAGCCAAACUUUUGCCAGAGGAAACGAAGGAGGAAGUCCUUGAUCUACUUCCAUCACUGGACAAGAUGAACGUACGCGACAAGAAAGACCGAGGCACCAUCACUGUCCGGCUGAAAUACCACGUCUACACGCCGGAGGAACAGAAAGCGGCGAUGGAGAUGGAGAAGAAGUUCCUGGAAGAGAAGCAAAAGGCAAAAGAGGCUGGAAUGAUUGGGAGCACGAUGGAUGCUGUGGGAGGUGGACUGACAAAGGCCGGGAAGUUUGUUGGGAAAACGGUGUCGACCCCGUUUGGAGGAGGCGGCUCGAGGAAGGCUAAAAGUCCUGCUCACGAGAAUGGAAUCGUGAGAGCUGGAGGCCCCAUUUCCGUGUCCAAAUGGUUCAAUCACUGGAAGAAAGGAGGCAAAGUGCAAUCUACCAUGUAACUAUACAUAUUUUGUGUGAAUAUUUUUGUGAUAGACAAAACAAAACCAAAGCUUGUAGCUUGAAA